AUGGACCCCAGUCACUCCAGCCCUUUGGGUGCAUCUCACUCUGAUGUCAGCAGGCCAGAUGAGGGCUAUAGAGGGACACAUUGUCCAGAUGAAUACAUCGUGCCCCCUAUGCCCAGCACUGGGCUCUGUGCAUAUGAGGCCAUUCGAGUCCCAAACAUGCCACUGUUUGGGAGCGGUGAAGAGCGCAGAGGCUUGGGGCAGCCGGGCUGCGAGGAGGCCGCGGCGCGGGUGGUGAGUGGAGCCGGCGGCAGCUGCACUCGGUCCGGAGAGACGCAUCGGCGAGGGGGACGAACCGGCGGGGUCACCAGCCACGGGUCUCCGCACUGGAAUUUGAUAUUCAUUUACCCAGGGUUUACCCUCCUCCUUUUUCCCGAAACAUUUUUAAAAACAGUAUUCUUUCCCGUUUUAAUUUAUUUUGGCUUCCCAUUCCCCGCUAAAUCCGGCCGACCGUUUGGGGAGAUUGCUCCUGUACUCCCCCAAAUCACUUCGGAUUUUGGAAAUCAGCAGAGAGAAGAAAGAGGUAGCAAGAGCUCCAAAGAGAAGUCGAGGAAGAGAGACUGGGUCAGAGAGCGCGCGCGGGCAAGCGAGAAACGAGAGGACAGGGGCAAAGUGAGUGACCUGCUUUUGGGGGUGACCGCCAGAGCGCGGCGUGAGCCCUCCCCCUCGGGAUCCCGCGUCGGACCAGCAGCGCUGACGGACAGACAGACAGACACCGCCCCCCGCCCCAGCGCCCACCUCCUCCCCGGCCGGCGGCCGACGGUGGACGCGGCCGCGAGCCGCGGGCAGGAGCCGGAGCCCGCGCCCGGAGGCGGGGUGGAGGGGGUCGGGGCUCGCGGUGUUGCACUGAAACUUUUCAUCCAACUUCUGGGCUGUUCUCGCUCCGGAGGAGCCGUGGUCCGCCCCGGGGCAGCAGAUCAGAGCGAAACCGGGAGAAGUGCUAGCUCCGUUCGGGAGGAGCCGCAGUCGGCGGAGGGGGAGGAGGAAGAAGAGAAGGAAGAGGAGAGGGGGCCGCGGUGGCGACUCGGCUCUCGGAAGCCGGGCUCAUGGACGGGUGAGGCGGCUGUGUGCGCAGACAGUGCUCCAGCCGCGCGCGCGCCCCAGGCCCUGGCCCGGGCCUUGGCUCCGGGAGGAAGAGGAGCCCGCCUAGGCGCUGAGGAGAGCGGGCGGCCCCGCAGCCCGAGCCAGAGAGGGAGCGCUAGCCGCGCCAGCCCCGGCCGGGCCUCCGAAACCAUGAACUUUCUGCUCUCUUGGGUGCAUUGGAGCCUUGCCUUGCUGCUCUACCUCCACCAUGCCAAGUGGUCCCAGGCUGCACCCAUGACAGCAGGAGAGCAGAAACCUCAUGAAGUGGUGAAGUUCAUGGACGUCUACCAGCGCAGCUACUGCCGUCCAAUCGAGACCCUGGUAGACAUCUUCCAGGAGUACCCUGAUGAGAUCGAGUACAUCUUUAAGCCGUCCUGUGUGCCCCUGAUGAGGUGCGGGGGCUGCUGCAAUGAUGAAGGUCUGGAGUGUGUGCCCACUGAGGAGUUCAAUAUCACCAUGCAGAUUAUGCGGAUUAAACCUCACCAAGGCCAACAUAUAGGAGAGAUGAGCUUCCUACAGCACAACAAAUGUGAAUGCAGACCAAAGAAAGACAGAGCAAGGCAAGAAAAAAAAUCAGUUCGAGGAAAGGGAAAGGGGCAAAAAAGAAAGCGCAAGAAAUCCCGGUAUAAAUCCUGGAGCGUUCCCUGUGGGCCUUGCUCAGAGCGGAGAAAGCAUUUGUUUGUACAAGAUCCGCAGACGUGUAAAUGUUCCUGCAAAAACACAGACUCGCGUUGCAAGGCGAGGCAGCUUGAGUUAAACGAACGUACUUGCAGAUGUGACAAGCCGAGGCGGUGAGCCGGGCUGGAGGAAGGAGCCUCCCUCAGGGUUUCGGGAACCAGAUGUCUCACCAGGAAAGACUGACACGUGACUGACAGCCGCUGCCACCACCACACCACCACCACCGUCAACAGAAUAAUCCUGAAUCCAGAAACCUGACAUGAAGGAAGAGGAGAUUCUGCGCAGAGCACUUUGGGUCCGGAGGAUGAGACUCCGGCAGAAGCAUUCCCGGGCGGGUGACCCAGCACAGUCCCUCUUGGAAUUGGAUUGCCAUUUUAUUUUUCUUGCUGCUAAAUCACCGAGCCCGGAAGAUUAGAGAGUUUUAUUUCUGGGAUUCCUAUAGACACACCCACCCACAUACAUACGUGUUAUAUAUAUAUAUAUAUUAUAUAUAUAAAAAUAAAUAUAUAUAUUUUAUAUAUAUAUAAAAUAUAUAUAUUCUUUUUUUAAAUUAACAUUGCUAAUGUUAUUGGUGUCUUCACUGGAUGUAUUUGACUGCUGUGGACUUGAGUUGGGAGGAGAAUGUCCCCACCCAGAUCCCGACAGGAAAGAGGACGAGAGGGAAGACUCUGGCAUCGUCAUUUUGUCCCUCUUUGGGAAGCCAGGGUCCCCUCCCCUGCCUGGGAGAUGUGCAGGGCCAGGGCACGGGGGCAAAUUUGGCCUGCUUUUGGGAACACCGACAAACCCAGCCCUGGCCCCGAGCCUCUACCCCAAGUCAGAUGGACAGAAUGAUGGACAACAGGUACAGGGACAAGGACGCUGGCUCUGACCAGGAAUUUGGGGAGCCUCGGGACACUGCUGUGCUUUGGGGAUCCCCUUCAUGUGCUGCACGGGCAUCUUGCCCCCAAGGGCACUGCCUGGAAGAUUCAGGAGCCUGGGCAGCCCUCAUCUCCUCUCACCUGCUUCCGAGAUGCCCAGGAGUCCACUGACAUGUCUCGGCGAAGAAAAGAGUGACUUUGGUGGAGCUCGUCCUCUGAGGGAUGGCCCUCUGCCUUGGCCCUCUCCCAGCUUGGCCUCCUGGGUGCAGCCCAGGAGGGCCAGAUGUCCUCAGACCAUUGAAACCACUAGUUCUGUCCCCCCAGGAGACCUGGCUGUGUGUGUGUGAGUGGUUAACCCUCCUCUGUCCCCCAGCCCAACCCUUCCCGCGGCAUCGAGAGACAGGGCAGGAUCCCCGUGCCCAGCCUGGAGGCAGAGAAAAGAGAAGUGUUUUAUAUACGGUACUUAUUUAAUAGCCCUUUUUAAUUAGAAAUUAAAACAGUUAAUUUAAUUAAAGAGUAGGGUUUUUUUCAGUAUUCUUGGUUAAUAUUUAAUUUCAACUAUUUAUGAGAUGUAUCUCUCUUGCUCUCUCGCUCUCUCUUAUUUGUACUGGUCUUUGUGUAUAGAAUUCAUGUUUCCAAUCUCUCUCUCCCUGAUCGGUGACAGUCACUAGCUUGUCCUGAACAGAUAUUUAAUUUUGCUAACACUCAGCUCUGGCCUCCCCUUUCCCUUGGCUCCCCACCACACAUUCCUUUGAAAUAAGGUUUCAAUAUACAUCUACAUACUAUAUAUAUAUUUGGCAACUUGUGUUUGUAUAUAUAUAUAUAAAUAUAUAUAUAUGUUUAUGUAUAUAUGUGAUUCUGAUAAAAUAGACAUUGCUAUUCUGUUUUUUAUAUGUAAAAACAAAACGGAAAAAUAGAGAAUUCUACAUACUAAAUCUCUCUCCUUUUUUAAUUUUAAUAUUUGUUAUCAUUUAUUUAUUGGUGCUACUGUUUAUCCGUAAUAAUUGUGGGGGAAAAGAUAUUAACAUCACAUCUUUGUCUCUAGUGCAGUUUUUCGAGAUAUUCCGUAGUACAUAUUUAUUUUUAAACAACAACAAAGAAAUACAGAUAUAUCUUAAAAAAAAAAGCAUUUUGUAUUAAAGAAUUUAAUUCUGAUCUCAAA